GAUCUCUGAAGAGCUGCAUUCUCGACGUGCACACCGAAUAGGACAGAAGCGCCCCCCCUUUAAAAUAUUGCUAUGUGAGCUUCCAGGUACGUCAAGGUUGCAUCCAGGAAUUCCCUUCUUCUCGCCUCCUGAUUUUGUUUUUCUGUUCGCUUUAUAAGGAGAGACUGUUUGGCGAAUCUUCGCUGCAGAGAGUAGUCGGCACUCAGUACGACACUACACGUCGCCGAUCAGAAAACACAGUUACACAGUCGCAGCCAUGACAAGGACGGUGCUGGUAUUUGCAGUCACGCUCCUUCUUUCGGCGGUGCUCGUCCAUGGAGGGAAUUACUUGUGCCGCCUCAGCGAAGAAGACAUGGUCAAGGCAAUGGACUGUAUUCACAGAACAGUAAAACCAGAAGUCGCGAAAUUCAUGGAAAGGUUGCCGGGAAAUGGAAUCGGACACAUCCGAAGUCUGUGCAGACUAGGCUCCGACAUUGACCGGUUGGCAACAAUCAUUUACACGGAAGACUACAUGGUGGAAUUCCUAAAGGCGGACGAGAAGUGUAAACCCAAAGAAUAAUUUACUGGCGAAAGCCAUCCUCUUCUACAUCGGUUUCCGAAAACCCUUCCCAAAGACUGUACAUUUCCGCAACGAAAUAAAACUUUCACUUCGUCAAA